CGCUCCGCUCACCCACCCCUGACUACGCUCCAGCUGCUUCCGCAGCUGCCUGUUGGUGUCUGUAGCUGGCUCCCCUCUCUAGCCCACAUAUUCAAUGUACAGGUAGCUUAGACCAUGACAGGCAUCGCCGCUGCCUCCUUCUUCUCCAACAGUUGCAGAUUCGGUGGUUGCGGAAUCCACUUCGAAUCGUUGGCCGAACUCAUCGUGCAUAUUGAGGACAACCACAUCGACACAGAUCCUCAUCAGUUGGAGAACCAGGAGCAGCAGCAGCCCACCUAUGUUGCCCUCAGCUACAUCAACAGGUUUAUGACAGAGGCAGCGCGUCGGGAGCACCAUGAGAGGCUGAAGAGGAAGGUGCACCCCAAGCUGUCUCUGACAGGCAGUCUGUCUCGUAGCAGUAACGUCUCCACUCCUCCCAGACACAGCAGUGGGAACAUCACCCCGCCUGUCACCCCUCCCAUCACACCCUCUUCCUCCUUUCGUAGCAGCACUCCUACAUGCAGUGAGUAUGAUGAGGAGGAGGAGGAGGAGGACUAUGAGGAGUCAGACAGUGGUGAGUCCUGGACCACAGAGAGUGCCAUCAGCUCAGAGUCUAUCCUCAGCUCCAUGUGUAUGAAUGGAGGAGAGGAGAAACCCUUCGCCUGCCCUGUGCCUGGCUGCAAGAAGAGAUACAAGAAUGUGAACGGGAUCAAGUACCACGCCAAGAACGGCCACUGGACACAGAUCUGCGUCCGCAAGCCCUUCGAGUGCCGCUGUGGGAAGAGCUACAAGACGUCCCAGGGCCUGAGGCACCACACCGUCAACUUCCACCUGCCAGUCUCUGCCCACAUCCGCAAGAUGCAGCAGUAGCACCCCCCCCACCCCAUUUUCUUCACAUCUUUGUACUUUUUCACAUUUGAGCUAUCAUGUGUCUUUUUUAUAUAUUUUUGGCACAUGGGGCGGCAGGUAGCUUAGUGGUUAAGAGCGUUGUGCCAGUAACCGAA